GAAUAUGAGGACUGCACGGCAGCUGCUUGAUAAUAACGUGAGCGUUCUACUUUUGUCGCGUCGCGCGCUCGUAGACACGGUGUUCAGCUCUACAUGUCUUUCCACAUCAAAGGGAAAUCACACAAGUUCCAACAGUUCAGCAGUGGGAGGCAGCCAGCGCUUGAAAGGAUCAUUCGCCUCCAAUGCACCAAAGCAAACAAACACUCUUGCCCUCGGAAAUUGCAUUUCCAUGAACCGCUCUAUGGAUAAAAAGCGUCCUUGAGUGCAGUCGGUGUUGUUUGCGAUUAAGCUCGAUAUGUCUGAAAAUCAGCCUCUUUACGCUCUACUGUUCUUAACUUCACUCUUCAGCUCCGCGUGCUCACAGGGGACACGAUUCGUUCAUUCAGCUGCUCUAGAUGCGGAUGGGAGAUACAACAUUAAGUGGGGGUUUAACGAGUCCACGAUAACUUUUGAAGUAGAAGUUGAAACGAGGGGAUAUAUAGGAUUCGGUUUGUCACCGACCGGUGCGAUGUCCUCGUCUGAUAUCGUGAUAGGUGGUGUGCUCAACGGAAGUCCAUAUCUGAUGGACUGCUAUACAGACUCAAAUAGAAAGGUCCAUAAAGAUGCGCUGCAGAGCUAUCAGCUGCUGUACGGCAGAGAAAAUGACACACAUACUGUCCUGGCUUUCAGCAGAAACCUCCAGACCUGUGAUGACAAUGACAAAGUCAUUACGGGCAGUACUGUGAGGGUGAUCUGGGCGUUCCAUGAGGAGGACGUGGGAGUUUCAGGACCAGUCUACCAUGGGACGAACAGAGGCAGAAAGAGUCUGCGAUUACUCAACCCUGGAACCAGCUCCAGGAUCCCAGCAGGAACAGCUUUCUUUGACCUUCUAAAUGAGGAGGUUCCUGUACCUCAUAAGGAUACAACAUACUGGUGUCAGAUCUUUAAAUUUCCAGAGCUGAAGAAGAAACAUCAUAUAAUCAGAAUAGAGCCAAUGAUUCAGAAGGGUCAUGAGAAUCUGGUUCAUCACAUUCUUCUCUACCAGUGUGACAGCAAUCUGAACAAGAGUGAGAUCAACAGAGGACAUGAAUGCUACCAUCCAAAUAUGCCAGACUCCUUCUUCACCUGUGAAACCGUCCUGUUCGCUUGGGCUAUUGGGGGAGAGGGCUUCACCUACCCUCCACAUGCUGGAAUGUCUAUAGGAACCUCAAUAGACCCAGUCUAUGUACAGAUGGAGAUUCACUUCGAUAACCCAUCUUUACAAAGAGGUAUAGUGGACAGUUCAGGCCUGCGUUUGUACUACAGCCCCAGCCUGAGGCGCUAUGAUGCUGGGGUCAUCGAGACAGGAGUGUGGGUCAGUCUUUACCACAUGCUGCCCCCAGGCAUGCAGGAUUAUAUUACAGAAGGGCACUGCACACAGGAGUGUCUCCAAGAGUCAUUAGACGGUGAGAUGCCCAGUGGAAUUCAUGUGUUUGCGGUUCUGCUCCAUGCUCACCUGGCAGGACGGGCAAUCAAAGCCAGACAUUUCCGCCAGCAGGUCGAGCUCCAGCCACUAGCCUCAGAUGAUCAGUUUGAUUUCAACUUCCAGGAGUUCCAGCCGCUCAGCCAGGAGAGGAUCAUCCUGCCUGGAGAUUCUCUAAUCACUGAAUGUCGAUACAACACUAAAGGCAGAAUGAACAUGACCUGGGGAGGUCUUAGUACUCGGGAUGAGAUGUGUUUGUCCUAUCUGCUGUACUACCCCAGGGUUAACCUAGCCAGGUGUGAAAGUUUACCAGAAAUCACCGGCCAGCUUAAAUUCAUUGGGGUCAAAGAGAUCCAGGAGCCUGUUAUAACCUGGCCCUUUGUUAUUAAGAGUCCUAAGAAAUACAGCAACCUCUCCUUCACGGAAGCCAUGGACAAAUACAAGUGGACAAGGAAGAAAGGGAAAGCAUUCAAUGACAUUGUUCGCAAACUCCCCAUGAACGUUCGCUGCUCCAAGAUUGGCCAGGAUGAGUGGUCGAUUCAAGGGAUGAUCAUCUCUCCUCCAGAGCUGAAAUCAGAGCAGACGUCUGCUGAUGUCGUGGCCUGCAGGAAUGUCUCAGAGAUUCAGUGUGGACACUCCAUGCUUCUGCUCCUCAUUGCAUGUCUCUUGCUCAUACUACAGACCUGCCUACACCUCUAAUGUCUGCUGUCAUCUCAGCCCCCUACUCAUAAACAUAGCCUAAAUGAAGUUUAUCACUAACACUGAUCACAACUGUGCUGUAUUCAUGAAGGAUGGUGGCAUCAUGCAUACUUCACAUGGAAUAUCCUUGGUUAGCGGAUACUGCGGUGUUGAACGUCUUAGCAUAGUUGUAAAUUUUAAUAAUCAUACCACAAGUCUGAAAUAGGCUGUCACACUCCAGCAUACCACAAUUUAUGUCUUCUGGGUUGUAGGGAUAGUUUUAGAUAACUUUAGUCAUCAUUUACUCACCCUUUGUGUCAUGCCAGUUUUUUUUUUUUUUUUUUUUUUGCUACAAUCAGUUAAAAGUCAAUGGGGUCCACUGUUGUGUUGCGCCAAAGUCCCUUUAAGACAAUGUCACUCUGUGGCCAUCUUUUAUUGCAGCUCCUGUCUCUUUGAAUGGGAAACAUCAAAUUCUCCAAAAAUGUUCGCCAUGAGCUGUCUCUAAAAUUUUGUUUCUUUUGCUCAAAUAGCGUAAAAAAAGCCUAUUUUUCAGGCUAGACCAGCAACGCUGUUUCUAUAACAACCGGGACUUCUAACGGUAGCUGCACUCUGACUUUACAGAUUAGCGACUGGCUAUUUUACUUAGAAGGCGGGGCUUCGUUCUAUAGAGCGGCCAUAUUGACUUUCAUUGUAAGGACAAAAUCAUGCUAUAAUGCAGGAUUUCUCAAAAGUUGUGUAAAUUUUUCAAUACCUUCCUCUCAGUCACAUUGGUAGAUUUGUUAAAAGUUAAAAAGUUACAAAUUUCCUUUAAAAAUGUACUUACAAGUGAAAAUGUGUUUAGUCCAGAGCUCUGCGAACUGUGUUCCUCUCAUUAUAAGCUAAAUAUUUGUUUCACAAUGGAAUACUGGCAUUAUAUUCAAAACCAUUACAUUUUAUAAUUUGUCUUUUUAAGCAAUAAAUGUUUAUUUCUUGUAAA